GAGCAUUUUCUCAAUAUCAAAGGACGCAAGCAGAUAUUGCGGAAAAGAUUAAACAGUGCUACAAAUUAUCAGGAAUGGUCUGAUGCAGCAAAGGAACUGGAUGAGUACCUCGGUAUGCAUAUAUGGAAAUUAAACAAUGAUGAAACAGACGUCAUAGAUAUUCGUCUGUUGAAAAAAGUAGUUUCAAAAUUGCGUCGCUAUAGAUUGGCUGCAAUCCAAGAAUCCACGCAAUCUACCUUUCAUCCAUCUGCACAGAAUCUACCCGACCAUCCAUCAAUCCAAAUCUCGAAUUUGGCAAAGCUUUGUGAUAUCCUAAAAACAAGUUGUUGCAAGAUCAAUGUUGCAGGUAUCGACAAGGAAGAUCCAUACAGAUUCACCUAUUUUGGCACCAUUAGUAUUGUCGAUCAAUACGUUUCUGAAGUCAUCCACUCGCUAGAAUAUGUAGCUGCUUCCCCGCAUAUCUCUAAUCUCUCCAAAUAUGCUUUGUUUAGAGAUUUAUCUCGCACGUUUGGUCGCAGCGCGCUAUGUCUUAGUGGAGGUGCAUCCUUUGGAUUCAAUCAUCUCGGUGUCAUCAAAGCAUUACUGGAACAAGGAUUGCUACCAAAGAUGAUCACCGGCACGAGUGCUGGGAGUUUUAUUGGUGCAAUGGUUGCUGUCAGAACAGAUGAUGAGCUGAAAAAGGAAAUUCUUGUUCCCGAAGUAGCCAAUCGGAUUCGUUUUAGUCAAGAGUCGCUGUAUACUUGCUGGAAACGAUUGUGGAAAACUGGUGCAUGGCUUGAUCCCAAGAUGGUGCAGGAACAAAUCAAAUAUUUCACCAAAGGUGAUAUGACGUUUUUAGAAGCGUAUCAACGUACUGGACGGAUUUUCAACGUUGCAGUAGUUUCUCACGAGUCACCGCUUGAAUCCAAACUUUUAAAUUAUCUCACUUCGCCUGAUGUAGUCAUCUACUCUGCAAUUAUAGCCUCUUCUGCAAUACCCGCUAUUCUUCCACCUGCAUUGUUGAUUUCAAAAAACCCACGAACAGGUGAAUUGAAGCCUUUUCGCAGUGCUGGAUGCUUUUGGCGAGAUGGAUCUUUGAGAUCAGAUAUCCCCCAGCAUGAGUUUCGCCAACUGUUUAAUAUUAGCUACACAAUAGUGUCGCAGGUCAAUCCACAUGUGGCUUUAUUUUAUUUUAACCCUAGAGGUGGAACAGGAUCUCCAAUCAUGCAUCGAGGUGGCCAUGGAUGGCGCGGCGGAUUCUUUGCCUCGCUGAUAGUUCAAUACUUUUUGCUCGAUCUACAGAAAUGGCUGUCUUUUAUCAGAGAUAUGGAUCUUCUUCCUCGUAUUCUUGGAGCAGAUUUAUCCAAUCUAUGGCUACAGUCCUUUGGUGGAGAUGUGACGAUUCUUCCACCACGUCCACAUCUUAUGGACUAUGCAAGAAUAAUGUGCGAUCCUAGCUCGGAGAGAAUACAAAGACAUUUCCAUGAUGGACAGUUGGCAUCGUAUUCCAAAGUUCAAAUGAUUGGUCAUCGAUUAAGAGUUGAGCAGUGUUUGGAACGUAUUCUAAGUGAUUGCUUUGGACGUCGUCAAAUGGACACUGAUUGA